AAACUAUGUUCUAUGUAUAGAUACGUGGCAUUUGGACAUUAAUUCUACAAUAAUUUUCUGCCGAUUAAAAGUUAUGUAUCAAAUAGACAUAAUUCGAAUAAUGCGUAUAUACACGCUUACUCAAGAAAAGACUGCUUCAAUUUGCUGUGAACGGGUAGACUGAUCAUGCAUCACGUCAAGAUCAAGACUGAGAAGCCAGAUGCAGAGGGGAGUGGUGCACGCAGCCGACUAGAUGCAGUAUUACAGGGGCUGGUAGAGAAGAGUGACAGUGAGAGGGAACAAAAUGAAGAUGAGACAAAGAUGGCAGAAGAGUCUCUGAGCAAGGAUGUGUCUCCAUCUUCUGCUGGGAAGCGGCCAUCGUCACGGUUCCCACAGCACCGGAGGAAGAAACGGAAAGAGAUGGAUGAUAGCUUAACAGAGAGUAACCAACAUAAACAAAAUGCCUACAUUAUCAAGUUGUUUGACCGCAGUGUGGACCUGGCCCAGUACUCCACCAGUACCCCACUUUACCCCAUUUGCCGGGCCUGGAUGAGGAACAACCCGGCGGUCAGAGAGAGAGCUGCAUCCCCAAGCCCCCCACACAGCAUGGGGGAAGAGGAGGCUGCAGACAUGCUCAAUGGUAAGGGACAGAAUGUGUAUCGCCUUCCUCCGCCCACCUCCUGUCCUCUCAACCCUUCUGGAGAUCCUGUCAAUCUGAGGAUCCCGCCCACAGAAAAGCCUAUCGUCAGCAAGUCUACAGAUACAGCUCUUGUGUCUGGUCCCCUCAUAUACAACCACAUAGAACGCUGGAAAAAGAUCAGACAAAAAUGGAAAGAAGCGUCCAACAAGAAUCAGCUGAGGUAUAGUGAGAGCAUCAAGAUCCUGAAAGAGAUGAAGGAGAUGUACGACCGCUAGCUGGGAAUCCCCCAGGCAGUAUCCCACAGCAGAGGGAGGAGAAAAGAAUAGAGCAGGUAGGAGCCACGGGGAAGUCAUCUAUCCCAGGACGCUGCCCUAGUCCUCUCCCCAAGGAGGACAUUAUGUGUGACAAUGUCAGAGGAGCCUCAUGGAGCCCAUUUCUACCAAAUACUGCUACAAUUAGGGACCCAAAGUCCUCGUUUUGAAAAUGUAGCAAUACUUUCAGUAAGUUGAUGCUUCUGGUGGGCCCAAGUUAAUCUGUUUAAAUAAUUAUGACAUGUUUUUUGUUAUAUUACAGAAUAUCUGGUAAUGCAUUAUUAUAGUCUGUUGUCAAUCACAACAAUGUGUCAUGAAAAGUUUGUAAACAGGUUGAGUAGUGUGCAACAUUUUGUCUAAAUUCCAGGAUACUCUGAAUUAAUUCCAGGCUUCCAGUGGUAAAUAUUUGUGUUUUUAGGAUCACCAGUUUCCCAGACAAGCAGUGCUCUUGUGAAUAUUUUUUGUUUAAACAUUCAAAAGAAAAGUCUCUCACACAUCUAAAAUGUAAAAGUAAAAAUGUUAACUGAAAGAAAAAAAAGAUUUAUAAAAAGUUGUAAAGAG